AUGGAUUCUUUGCUAGCUACGUAUGCAUCUUCAGAUGAAGAUGAAGAUCAACAACAACCACGUAAACAGAAUCAAGCAAGCCAAUCAAACUUCCCUUCGCAACCCGCAACCAAAUUUGGGGGAAACUUCUUAUCUUCUCUCCCACCACCAAAAUCCCAACUUUCAAACCCUCCUCCACAGACCCUAACAACUUCGAAACCCAAGAAGGUUGCACAGCCACAAUCCGGAUUCAAUUCAUCCUCCUCCGCCUCUUUAUUUUCUUCACUUCCUCAACCAAAAACCGAAAGAUCUGACCCGUUUUCUCUGGGGCCUAAACCUAAAAAAGUUGUUCAGUUUCGGCCACCUGUAAUGAGCAAAGUUGUUGAUGACGACGACGAAGACGAAGACGAUGAUAAGGAAGAACAAACGAAAAAGGAUAGUUCCAUACCUGAAGCGCCCUCUGUCAAGUCGUUUUUGUCGAGUAUCCCUGCGCCAAGGAACUCGGGCUCACUUGGAGCUUUGCCCUCCUCCGCCGGCAUGGGUCGAAGAUCAAUCUUGGAAUCUGAAGUUCCAGCAUUAUCAAAUUCAAAAGUUGUUAAGGACACUGUUAAUAAAGCCAGUGAUAAUCAGAUUAUGCGAGCUAUGAUUAUAGCAAUAAUGGAGGGUAUGAGUAUGAGAAUGUUCAAACGGAUCAUUCAAGCUACGGCCCAGCUCCUCCAACAAUAUGAAAGCAAGUGGAUUGAUCGAUCAAGUGGAGAUAUGCAGCCAGAAAUUUCAGAAGCGGCCGCUAUACAAAAUAUGACUAGGGUUCCUGGCAAGAGAGGUAGGAAUGAGAUUCCGCAUGAGAUAAUUGAGGUUAGUCAGGAUGAACUGAUGAAGAAUCGACCACGAGAAGACCAAGUCAAAUCAACUGGAAUAGCUUUUGGGCCCUCAUAUCAGCCGGCUUCUUCAGGGAAGGGGAAGCCAACGAAGCUGCACAAGAGGAAACAUCAGAUUGGAUCUUUAUACUUUGAUAUGAGAUCCAAAGAGAUGGAAUUGGCAGAAAGGCGCUCAAAAGGCUUUCUCACAAAAGCUGAAACACAAGCCAAGUAUGGAUGGGCAAAUCUAUUCUACUCCUUCACUACUCCUAAUUCUCCACUUAUAUUCUUACGAGUCUUGAACCCUCGACCUCAAGGAGGGAGGGUAACACCAGGUACCGAUGAAUUAGGUGGUUGUGAUUUUGAUUUAGGUUUCAAGAUUUUGGUGUUCAGCAGUUUAAUUGAAAUACCAAUUACUAUUCCCUGAUAGAGGAGGUCUUUCUAAAAAUUGAAGGAUUAAAAACUUAUAAAUUUAUAUUUAUAACUUUAUAAGUUUAUCUUGUUUUAUACCAAAUCAUCAUUUUAUUGUGUAC